UCUUUCUAGAAGCGAAUAACCUGUCAGUCGCAGUCACUGACCCUUACUGUCAAAAUACGGUACGGUACCGUUAGCGUGUUUAUUGUUUAUGUGCAAAUAGUUGUUAGAUCGUCAACGAGUUAUUGACUGGAAGUUUAUUGCAUCACAUAUGCCUCAGACGACUGAAUUUGAAGUCGUAAACCCAACGGGUUACAUAGCUGGAGGCGAUUUAGAUUUCAAGAAGAGGCCAAGACCAAGAGGAAGAAGAGAAAUGGAAAAAAGUCUUUGUAUUGCAUACCUUGCAUGGCUCUUUGGUGGAUGGCUUGGACUGCAUCAUUUUUACCUAAGACGUGAUAGACAGGCCUUCACUUGGUUUUGCACUCUUGGAGGUUACUUUGGAGUAGGGUGGAUGAGAGACUUCUUCCGUUUACCGUCCUAUGUGAAAGAUGUGAAUAAUGAUGAUAAAUAUGCUGCAGAUCUUGCGCAGCUGAUGCUUCAUCGUUCAAAGCCUCCUUUCAGUCCAGCAAGAUUUACCGGGCAGAUUCUAGUGGCAAAUUCGUGGAGUUACCUUAUAGCUGCUGCAGUGCCAACAGAAGAAAUUUUUGGCUACUCAAUAUUAUGGCUUAUAUACUUAGCUCCAAUUGGCACAGCACUAGCUGUGUGGAACAUUGGAAAUAUUGGUCGGGAGCAAGGUAGCUUGAAGUCUGCUAUGGUAGGAGCUUUCUUAGUGUUCCCAGCUUCUUUGUUUUAUCCUCCUCUGGCAAACUGGAGUGCUGUAUCAUCCACCCUUAUUUUUAAUCAGUGGGGAAAAAAAUGGAGAAGACAUCCAUAUUCCAAGAAUUCUGUUUGUAGGCGUCUGCUGGUUUUAGGAUUAUGCGGCUCUGUCUUCUUUGGACUGUGGUUUUCCUUUUUGUACUUCAAUGCCACAGUAACAGAUAAAACUGGCGAGAGAAUUAAACUACGUGAUGCAGCUGAGAACUUCCUCAAUUCUCCCAUGUUUUUGGAGUUCAAGAAGAAUAUGAAGGAACUCUACAACAGUAUAAUGGAAGAUGGUUGGCAAAAUGCAUGGUCUAACUUUGUUGAACUGUUGGACCCACUUGGUGAAAGACACGCUUUAAAAAUAUUAGGGCUAGAGAGUGGGGCCUCUCAGGAAAAUAUCACUUCAGCUUAUCGAAAACUGGCUCGAGAAUGGCAUCCUGAUAGACAUCCUCCUGAUAGGAAAGAAUCAGCAAGUGCCAAGUUUAUGGAAAUACAAGAAGCUUAUGACAAGCUUUCUACCAUCAAGAACCGUAGGCUAAGAAAAAACAAGUUAUCUGAUGCCGAUCAAAUCUGAGAAAACUAUAUGACUCAGAAUGUAUAGUGCUUAACCGUUAUGACUUGGUGUCAUCCAUGAGUAAGAGAAGUUAGAGCUGAAUAAAUGUUAUAGUACCACAGUUUUUUGAAGUGUGUUGAGCUACAGUAUAUGGGCUUUGGUGUGGUUUAUAAUAGUGAAAUAUUUUUAUAAGACUAGGAGAAUUUUUUUUUAAUUUUAUACUUUUUCUGACCUGGUCUGUGGUGAGCUUUGACCAUGUUGCAUUACUAAUUGCACACAAAAUGAAGUAGAAUGAUAUGUAAUUGAAAAAGUAGUGCUGAUAUUUUCUUGGUAAAGUAGUGAAAAUACUUACAGAAUACAUACCUUGUUAUGUGUGCAAUGAACAGAUCAUACAGCAUUUUGCAUUACCAUAAUAAUAAAGUUUCCAGUUUAGAUUUAUAUAAUUAAUUCUUCAUAUCCUGAGCAUUGGAAGUGUCAAUUUUUAAGUUUUAAACUAAGGUAAUUUUUGUUAUUAAGAUAUGGUUUAUCCUUGUGGGUCACCUAUGUUGGGGAUUCAUACUACAUUGCUGGUUGUGAAUGAGCAGCUUGUUUAGAAAUUGACAGUGGGUAUGUUGAGUGAAAUAAUUGAAAUGCAUGGUUAUUGAAUGCCAGUUAGUCUUAAGUUACUGUAUAAAUUGAGUCCCUAGUGGUUGUGAAUUAUUUCUAUUGUACUGGACUCAAAAAGAAUUGUGUACUUACUGCAGCUUGAUGGCUAACUAUUGAGUUUUGUUGUCUGAGGCUGUAGUUGAGAAAUAGAUUACUUUUUGCAGCCAAUGCCAAAAUGGUUAUGUAGAGGUAAAGAGUAUUGAUUUCUUAAAUGUAUUUAUUUUAAAAUUUGUUAGGGUAUUUAAAAGCAGGAUUGUGACAUGAGAGACAGUUUCAUGUGGUGCUUAUAUGGAAUACAUAUCUAUCUAUUCCAAGAUUUAUGGAAUGGUUUUACAAUCAUGGCAGUAAUGUGGCUAUUAUGGCUGUUUAAGUCAACUUAGCUGACACCAGUUGUAAAUCUAAUGCUAAACUUCUGCUAAUAGAAGGAUAAGUUUCUCAAUACUGUGUAUUUGGUUUUAUAGGCUCAGUUAGCAAACAGAUGUAUGAAUUGCAUUACCAUACAAAUUUAAAGUUAGAUGUUUUGCCUAAAUUUAAAAGGCCUAGGAAGAGGUUUAUGAAUACUUGUAGCAUGCUUGCUCUCUCUGUUGAAAUUCUGCAGAGAGAGUGAAUUAUAGUAGUAUAUUUUAUGGCAUAAAGGACACACACACAGAUAAAUAAGACUACUAUCCCAUUUUACUAAGGAAUUGUUUAGGCAAUUAAAUCUACUGUAGAAGCCAAAUGCUUAGAUUUACUUGAGCUUUCAUUUUCAGGAUUGUUUAUUGUAAAUUAUAUCAUUUUUACAUGGAAAUGUUUUCCAGGUUUUGAUAUUUUUACCUUGUUUUUAAAACCAAAUCAAUGCAAUUUGCAUAAUGUUAUCCAAUAUUAAGUGUAUCUAGUAGGUGUUGGGUGAAAAAAACAAUAUUUACAUUACUUCCUUAUGUUCUAUAAUCUUGAAAAUUAGAAAUUUAAACUUCUAUGUGGCAAUUAAAGGGAAUUCAUAUGCCACAUUUUGUAUUGGUGUGAUAAGUUGAAGGUUUCAGUUGCAGUGUAUGUUUGGUAAAUACUAAUGGGAAAGUAUACGAUAAAAAUAUUUAAGUAGCUUAACCAGAAUAAUAAGCUAAUUUAUAAAGCACUCGCAGGGCCAACCUGGCCAUAGAUUUGAGGCACGACUGGCUUCUUCACUGAUAUUAUAUUGAUUUCAUCGUUAUCUGAAAGAAUAAGUUGAACUUUGCAAAAAAUCUGUUUAUGCUAGUUAGGUAUGAUAAUUUUAGAAUAGUAUCUAAAUAAAACAUUCAUGUUUAUCUGUUAUAUUGAUUCGAGUUGGGAUGCAACAAAUUUAGGUGUCUGCCUUUUGCAUUCAAUAUACGUACUGGGUUAUUAUUAUUAGAAUUUUUUUACAUGUGUCCUGUAUGCCAUGUUCUAGACUACGGAAAUUGCAUACUGAUCUGAAAAUUAAUAGAAUUUAUGUUUAAAUGUCAUCUACUUAAAGGAAAAUUUACAUCCUGUCUAUUAUUGGGCAUUUUUCAGGGGCAUCAUGUGUUUAGGUAGAGGACAUUACAGUUUUUUGUACAAUGUACCUACUUUUUAUGUGUUUGUGUGACAAUUAAGACUUUGAAAAGAAAGAACCAUAUUCAUGAUUUUGCUCUGACAUAUACGCCAUUAUUUCUUGAAUGCAUCAACUUCAUAUUUUUGGAGUUGAGUACUGUGUAAUGAAUUUUGUCUGUAAAUAUAGUAAUGGAGAAGUGCCUUUUUUGUAUUUUGGUAAUUUAUGCCCUUAGGGAACACUAGACUUACUAGCAGUUUAACCUUAAGUAAACACAUUAAAUUUGUAAAGUAAUACGCACACGUAAAUUGUGAAGUAAUACGCACAGUAAAUAUAUACUCGCACAGGUGUUCACCACAUUUGUUGUAUAAUUUUGUAUACAUAGUUUUACAAGUUUCUCAGUGCUGAGCACAUAUGCCAGUAUGUGGCACAACUUUUUUCCUUAAACUUUUCUCAAAAAUAUCUAAAAAUUAGAUAUUUGAAACUGCACAAAGGAAGUGUAUGCAGUAACCAUGGCUGCUAAUGAAGUCUUUAUAAGGAAUUUGUUGUAGGGAUUUCCAGUGAAAUCAAAUAUUACCGAAAAGUGGUGUCUAGAUUCUAUGUUGAUUAUAUUGAGGUUUUUGUUUGAUGGUCCUUAUGUAAAACUCCAAUUUAACAUUCAUUUGUGUUAUGAAACCUAUGGAUGAUCCAUACAGCGCUUACUUUAUGAAAUUACAAUUUUAAGAUAAGGUUAACCUUGUUGCUCUUGCCAUAGAAUUCUCUUAUUUUAAUGUAUGGUAAUUAAUAAGAUUAUCUGGGUCCAGAAUUAAAUUGUGCAGAUGUUACCUGAGUGCAAUCUUGACAUUCCAUUUCUUAGUCUAAUAUGAAUGAAUAUUACGUUGAAAACGAAGGAUUUACUACUUUUCAUGUUCAUAAGAUGUUCUCUAAUAUAAUUGUCCAGAAAUAUUCAGGCAGUUAACCUAAAAGGACAAAGUAAGCUGCCAGUUUUAUUAUUUCAAGGCUUCAUGAGUGUGUUUCUAUUUAAGUGUCCGUACAUCAAGCUGGUCUUAUUCAAAUAUGUAUGUAUGCAUUGUUAGUCUGUUAAAGAAACUAUCCAUGUGAUAUUUUACCAGUUCCAGUUUAGGUAUGAAGAGCAAUCUUGAGUAAUUAAGAGUAGUACAUACUAUUAUUACCAGUAGUUUAAGGAAGGAGUAAUGGGAGGGUUGCAGAACAUUUACAACCCCUGGAACAUUUUUUAUGAUGAGCUGUUUUUUUUUUUUUUUUUCUUUCUAUGAAAAAUCUUGCUGUGUACAUGGAUUUGAAAAACGUUUAUUUGUGCUUUUAUCUCAAGAAUGUUUGCCAUUUAUUUUCUAUUUAGUUUUGGGCAUGAUUUUUGGAGGGACAAUACUCAAGAUAUUAAAUGGAACUCAAAAAGAAAAUAUUGUAAUCUGUGUUGUGGUUUUAGCUUUAAGAAUAAUACUCAGUCUCAUGCAGAGUUGAAGGAUUUUUUUUUUAUAGUUUUAGUUAGCAAGCAUAGUACUAGUGUACAUCUUUAUUGCAAAUAUAAUGAAACUGAUAUUAGAAUUAACAGUAAGAUGGUCAGUCAGCCCUCAUUUUGCUGGGGGAUUUGGUUGCAGAACCCCUGCAUGAGUGAGGAAUAGUCCAGAUUCAAAACGAUACAUAAAAUACGUUCCAUGAUUUGCAUACACGUACAGUACAUAACCUAGGCAUAUUGUCUAUACAGCACAUAUUGUAUUUAAAAUAAUUUUUAGAUUAUUUGUGCUGUAAUGUAAAUGCCAUGUAAAUACGUACAAUUAUUUUAUUGUUUAAGGAAUGAUAACCAAACAAAUAGUAUACAUGUCCAAUGCAGAUGCGUAAACAACAACCUGACAUUUUGCUUUAUUCACAUUUAAAUAUUUUUCCUAUUGGCGUGGUAGCAAGAAUUAAUUAUAGAACAGAAAAAAAUUACUAUAAGGAAUGAAUCUCUCUCUCU